CCUGCCGUGGCUAAUCUACUUUAAACUUGCUUUUUCCUUCAAGUCCUUUACCCCACAGCCACGAGGUCUCACAACGUUUAGACACGUUCGAUACACGCAAAAUGAGAAGUCUCAGCCGCCGAAAUCACCAUGAGACUCUUCAGAAAAAAGAACUGUAGAAGUAAUAGGCAACAAGUACCCCUUCAUCUCCACAAGUCAUAGCCUCGCAACCAGUUCAGCAUGUUCAUUUUCUCACACACCUUCCUUUCCCCUGUUCGCAAUACCUUCGCGUUUCCAAAUAUAUAACAAUGGCCCUUCUAACGGCCGAUACUUGGUACACUGUUACUAACACUAUUUCGGGAGAUACCAGCUAUCUCAGCGCUUCGGAGAGCAACGAUCUUCUACAAAUAAACAAGACUCAAUCCGCAUAUACGAAUUGGCAAUUUUUCCUUUCGAAUCGAUCGGUUCUGACAAAUUUAUACUGGGUCCGGAAUCAAGCUAUUGGGUCCACCUUUCACAUCGGCAUCUCAUAUCGAGAUGGGAAUGUAAUUCCUUCCUUGCAGAGCAGAGCAUUGAAUGAGAGCGCGUCGUGGAAUAUUGCGUUCGAUGGAGAUACCUCCGGAGCGAGAGUUCUCAAUGCAGGAGCGGGAACUUAUCUCGACCUGACCACAGCACAAGUAGUAUCAAAUUCUACAGAUGCCACAGGGUCGAUAUGGACUCUUCAGAAAAACGGUCUAAUCGACGACUCAACUUUCCUCAUCUCUCCGCUUAAUACAACCAUACCCCUCCUCUCCUCCAACACAAUUUCAUCCACACCCCUCAGCAUAACAUCUACCACCACGACUUCUUCCAACCUCACCUCCCGAUCUCUCAGUUCAGGCGCCGUAGCAGGCAUAGCAGCUUCCUCCGCCCUUCUCCUCCUAAUAAUAAUCCUAAUAUCCCUCCACCUCUGGCAUAAACACCGCUCCCGACCUCCUCGCCGCUUCACCAUGCUCGGCGACGACGAACUCUCCCCCAAAUCCCCCGAGCUCGGGUAUGAAUUCCAAGACCGCUCUUCAUCCAGGAGACCGAGCGCCACCUACUCAAUACCCCAUCCCACCGAAAAAUCCAACGAAAUCGAAACCCGCCACCCAAUCCGAUCCUCAAGCCACCAAUCCGCGCUCUUCUCCACCAGCACAAUCCCACCCGUAAACUCAUCACUACUCUCAUCCCUAACCCCCAUCCCGGCGAUAAGCCCAGCUCACAGAUUAACUCUCUCCUCCUCCUCUCCAGUCCUUCAUCAUCAUUCCGUCUCGGUGCAGACGCCGACGCCGACGUACUCACUCGCGAGCGCUGGCCUGGCGAGGGCGAAGACGCAAAGGUAUGGGGAUCAUGGGCCUGGGGUGGGAUUGGGGAGGGUUGUUGGGGUGGAUAGGGAGGGCGAGAUGGAGGGAGAGGGAGAGGGACAUGGGAAGAGGGAGAGUUUUAGGGGGGCGAGGAGUAAGUGGGGGGUUGGUGGUGGUGGUGGGGAGGAGGGGAAGAAGGGUUUGGUGGUGAAGGAGGAGGAGGGGGAGGGGAGGUUUUAG